AUGGCAUGGAGGUGCCAACACAGAACGUUCUAUGUAGUGAAGGGUUUGGCAGAUAAUGUUCAUUUCAAUUACAGAUCAAACAUGGAAGGGAUGCUGGCCAAAUUAGUAGCUUCUCCUGUGCUGACUUUGGAAUAUGCAACACGGAGUUCUUUAUCAAUUGUGACACCAAUAGUUCAACCCAACAUUAUCAAAGGAAAUACAUGGGUCUCUAUAUCUGUAUCAAGAAAGAAGUGGGAAUUACAUUCAGCUGCACAAACCCAGAUCGUAAUUUCAGGCGAUGAAGAGAAAGCAAUGUGGGAAUCAUGCAAGCAAGCUCUAUCUGCAUUUAAUUUCAAUGAUGAAGAAGAAGAAAAAAUAUUAGGAAAAGCAUUUGGUCAGUUACAUUCACCUUACUGGGGUGAAGAAAGAACAAAAGAAGUUCCAGAACUUGAGACUGUGAACGGCAUAUUGGAUUAUUUAAAAAGUUUAGGGUUUGCAGAUGAAGAUCUUUAUAAGUUACUCAAGAAGUUCCCCGAGGUUCUUGGAUGUAAUCUUGAGACUGAGCUGAAAAAUAACGUUCAGAUUUUAGAGAAAGUUUGGGCAAUUAAAGGGAAAACUCUUCGGAGCCUUCUACUACGCAAUCCAAAGGUGUUGGGUUAUACUAUUGACUGUAAAGGUGACUGUGCGGCUUUAUGUACCCGAUGUUGGGUUCGCUUUUAG